CCUUGCGCAAUCCACUUCUUUCUCAACUGAACGCACCUUCCGAAUCCACCAUGCAAUGGGAUCAGUCUGCAGGCACACGUGGGACCGAGGACCCGGAGAAGCUGCCGAUGCUCAAGCAUCUGGCGCCAGAUGAUCCGGUCACUCCCCACGCGCUGCUCGGUAUAAAGACGCCCUUCUGGGAGCCUCGAACUCCGGCCUCGACCAUCUCCUGGCGCAAAUCCGUCUGCAUCACUCUCCUGCUGCUUGCCAUGAGCAUCCUCUCCCUCGUUACCUUCUUCUCGCUGGGCGUGGGCAUCUCCGGCCUGCCCCACGGCCCCGCCCCCUCCGCCCAGAGCCCCAUCAAGAAUGUCGUCGUGCUGGUGCAGGAGAACCUGUCCUUCGACGUCUUCGCCGGGGGUCUGACCUACAGCGACGCCAUCGACGGCCUGGUCAAGACCAAGUACUGCAAUCCCGCCAACGUGACGGAUCCCACGUCCGAGAAGGUGUGCGCGCAGCCCGUCGCCAAGAACGUCGCCCCCGACGAUCCGGACCACAGCAUUAGCGGCGGCAACCAGCAGGUCUACGGCACGUACCACCCCAACUACAAGAACGACGUGCCCGACAUGCAGGGCUUCGUGACCGAGCAGAUCGCCUCCUACGGCCUGCACACCGACCUGUCCCGCGCCGCCGAGGUCAUCAACUACUACACCCCGGACAAUGUGCCCGUCUUCAGCGCCAUCGCCGAGAACUUCGUGCUCUUCGACCGCUGGUUCGCCUCCGUCCCGGGGCCCACCAACCCCAACCGCGCCUAUCUCACCUCCGGCACCUCGCACGGCCACGGCACCAACGACGACGACUUCCUCACCUCCUCCCUGCCCCAGGUCUCCAUCUUCGAGCAGCUCUCCAACGCCAACAUCUCCUGGGUCAACUACCAGAACACCACCGGCUCCGGCUUCCUCCCGGACGCCCAGUUCUACAAAUGGACCGCCCAGUCCGGCAAGGACAAGACCAACGUGCAACCCCUGGACCGCUUCUUCGCCGACGCCAAGUCCGGCUCCCUGCCCCAGUUCACCUGGAUCAACCCGGAAUGCUGCAGCUACAUGUCCUUCCACCCGCCGUCGCCCAUCAACAUGGGCGAAGGCUUCGUCAAGAGCAUCUACGAGGCCGUGCGCUCGUCCCCGCAAUGGAAUGAAACUCUCUUCAUCCUGACCUUCGACGAGCACGGCGGUUUCGCCGACCACGUCGCCCCGCCCGAGAACGUCCCGUCCGGCGACAACCUCACCUACUCCGAAAAGGCCAAGGACGGCCGCUCCACCACCUUCCACUUCGAUCGACUGGGUGUGCGUGUGCCCACCGUGCUGAUCUCCCCGUGGGUCGGCAAGGGCCUUGUCCAGAACAGUCCGUCCGACCAGUCUGGGGAGUUCACGCAUACGUCGAUCCUGAAGUAUCUGGCGGAGUUGUGGAAUUUGCCCGUCCUGGGCCCGAGGGUCGAGUGGUCGCCGAACUUCAAGAGUCUGAUCACGAACAGCUUCCGUGAUGAUACGCCCCAGACUUUGCCUUCUCCGGCUACUUUUUAGAUUAUUGCAGAUUCAGCGAUGGAAGUACAUUCCAUGGAAAUGGGAGACGAAUGAUGAUAAAUAUCUAUUAUGCAGCAUGCUCUAUAGCAUAGUAUAGUAUAAAUAACAACCAAUAAAUGAAU